AUGGCUGUAGCCGUAGCGAGAACGAUUUCUGAAGUGGACAACCUAACAGCAGCAGAGACUGCCUCUUUCUUCUUCUUAGCUUUUGCUCCUUCCAUUACCUACUUGCCUGCCAUAGCUUUUGCUCCUUCCAUUACCUACUUGCCUGCCAUAGCUUUUGCUCCUUCCAUUACCUACUUGCCUGCCAUAGCUUUUGCUCCUUCCAUUACCUACUUGCCUGCCAUAGCUUUUGCUCCUUCCAUUACCUACUUGCCUGCCAUAGCUUUUGCUCCUUCCAUUACCUACUUGCCUGCCAUAGCUUUUGCUCCUUCCAUUACCUACUUGCCUGCCAUAGCUUUUGCUCCUUCCAUUACCUACUUGCCUGCCAUAGCUUUUGCUCCUUCCAUUACCUACUUGCCUGCCAUAGCUUUUGCUCCUUCCAUUACCUACUUGCCUGCCAUAGCUUUUGCUCCUUCCAUUACCUACUUGCCUGCCAUAGCUUUUGCUCCUUCCAUUACCUACUUGCCUGCCAUAGCUUUUGCUCCUUCCAUUACCUACUUGCCUGCCAAAAACAAAAUCUAUAUAGUGUUAGCUCAAUAUAGUUGCCUCCAAGUCAUUUUACUACUAGACACUAUAGAACAUCACCUCUAG